CAAUUUCUGUAAACAUGGUACUAAAAUCAGCAUCUAAGAGAGAGAAAAAAAGUCCAUUCUGUUAAACUAAUCAGACGGCCAAUAAUUCACCCAAGAAAUUGGUUACAAAUAGACACUCCCACACCUUACAAUUCCUCAUUCCAAUUUCAAAAAAAGAACCGCCAAAACUGAAAACCGUUCUCCGAUGGUUAAACUCCUUACUCUCUUCCUCAUCCUCUCCAUUACCACCACCGCCGACGCCGCCGUCAAUUCCACAAUAUCCAUCACCAACACCAUUGAUAUCAUCUCGACCGCCGUCCACUCCAGAAAACACGCCAGAAAUACCACCGGCACGAAAUACUCCAUUUCCCCACAUGAACUGGACACCCUCUUGAGUGUCUUAAGGUACAGCGGUUACCCUCUGUUUAGCAACGCUAUAGACACCUCAGACAUCCAAUUCCAAAUUCUCACCGGACACACCACACUUGUCGACGCUUCAUCGGCGGCGUCGGCGGAGAAGGAGGAAGAAGCUACACCGCCGUUAUUCACUAUCUUCGCACCAAGAGAUCAUUUCCUCUACACUCUCGAUAUGGCUUCUGAUGCUGAUGCUUACGUGGCCGCACUCCGGUCCCACAUCAUCCCUUCUCGCCGACUCACCAUUACUGAACUCCGCAACCUUACUACUCCAUACCUCGAUACCCUUCUUCCCCAUUACAGUAUCUUGGUGGAGAAUAGCAAAAGCGACGACGAUUUCAUCACUGUUGAUGGGGUUCGGGUUUCGGACCCGAAUCUUUUUGUCGGGUCGAGAUUUGCUGUUCAUGGGUUAGAUGGGAUUCUUCUGACUGGGUUCAACAUGUAUGAGGACACUCUUAGCCAGAUGGGAAAAGGUUUUUUUGCGCCGGAGAAGGUGGAGCCCUUCGCUCAUAAAUCUGGGCGGCAUUCUUCGUCGGCGUCGGCGUUGCCGGAGGCGAAGAAUGGAGGGUUUUCAAGAGUUAUAAGGAAACAUCGGAAACUACAGUAUCGCCGGAUUUGGAAGAGUAAUUACAGUGUCCGGCGUAGCGACGGAGAAGAUGAUUUCUAGGGGCAUUACUGUAAAUCUUAACUUUCUUCUUGGGUAAAAGUGUCCUUUUUUGUGAGAAUUGAUGUACAGAAAUGGAAAAUAGUAAGAAAUUGUAUUCCCCAAUUGUGAAAUAUCAAUGAAAAUGAAAGUAAUUGUUCUGUGAA